AUGAAUACACAAGCAGAUGAUAUCAUAUCAGUUUUCAAUGAUUUUUUCAAAAAAUUGCCUGAAAAUCGAAGCUAUGAUUUGACAUUUAAAGGUAUGAUUUCAUUAAUUAACAAUUAUCAGCUUUUAAUGACGCAGUUUUCUAUUUUUAGUUUAUUUACAAGAAUUGGCAGACAUUGAUGACAAAAGUAUUAAUUCGACUCAUGAAAUGAAUAGAGUUACUAUUUCAAGUUUUGGAAGUAUUCAUUCUAAUUUACCUGAUAAUAUUCAAAAAACAACAAUAUCAACUUCGAAAACUGAUACAACUAUAAAAACUGAAUCAUCCAAAAAUAGUGAUAAAUACGAAGAAUUGGAACCAUUGAAAAAACCACGAUCACUUGUCAAUUUACUCGAACUCAAUAAAGAAAUUGGAAUUGAAAUCCCGGAUAAAGUUCCAAGUAAAAGAAAACAAGAAUCUAAAACCGAAUAUGAAAACUUGGAUACAUUAAAUACAACAAUUCCGAAAUAUUCGACUUCAAAAUCUUCGCAAGCAACAUCAGCUCCAUCAUUUAUGGCAUCAUAUUCAAGAUCAGCUUCAAAUACUUCAACUUUUACAAAAACUUCAAAUAGUUCAACACUUGGAAUAAAUCAUGAUGGAUGGUAUAUUAUUUCAUCAAAACCUUUGAAAAUAUCGAAUGAAUUGAAAAUUGAUUUGAAAGAUUUGUUUUGA